AUGCUCGUCUCAAAGCUCGAGACAGCGAUCGAAGAUGGAUGCAAGGGUGUGGGCGAGGUUUUCCUGUGCUUGCCUGCACUCAUUUCGGCUUGUCUUGCAUACACUCAUUCCGGCUCUUUUUGGUACGGGUUCUCGCCAGGUACGGGUGCGGGUAUGGCCUCUGAUACCCGUGCUAAUCCCUAUGCUCAACAUCCCACAAAGUACUGCUUUUUGUGCCCCCAUACACGACCUACAUCACUGCAUACCCUCGCGCACCCGCACCUCGAUGUCCUCAGCUCGCCGCUGCAGCUCACGCUCCAAUUCUCACGGUGGCUCAAGGAGAGAAAAGAACUCGUCAAGGCACAUACACAUGCAUGGGACCUACGCUGCAGUGCUGGUGGCCGACAAGAUGCCACAGUCUACAAGCACACCAACACAGAGCCUCCUGGCGGGUUCUACCAGCCCCACAGCAAGCACACCGACCGAGUAAUAGAUGACGCAGGUCUGGGGGCAGAGGAUGGGGAGGAUGAUGAUGAUGAUGACGACGACGACGACGGUUAUGCCGAGCUUUGA